AUUUAUUUUAAGAUAUAAUGAUCAAUAAAGGUCAGUCGCAUUUAGAAAGAUAGUGAUAUUAAAGUUUUUUGUGUUGUAUGCACUUCAAUUUGAUUUGCCUUCUGGUCUCUUAAAAUCUUGUGAAAACUUGUGACAUGAUAAUCAGAGAUCAAAAAGUACUGUCAUUUGGAAGAAAAUAAUAUUGAUACAUCAUGGCUGAUUCAUCUUAUGAAAAAGGACUCACAGAACUUUCAAAAAUGAAGGUUGCAGAUUUGAAGAUUGAGUUAAAACAUAGAGGACUACCUACUACUGGUAAUAAAAAUGAAUUGGUUGAAAGGCUUCAAUUAGCAAUUCAUGAUUCUGCUUUAUCUUUGGAUGAAACUACGGAAGAAAUUUUAGAUGAGGAUGCAGUUCUUGGUGAUGAAGAAAUAGAAGAGUUAUCAAAUAAACCUGACUCACAAGAAGGAAAUGAAAAAAGGAAAUUGUCUACUGAAAGUAAUAUAAGUGCAAAAAAAAUAGUUUUAAAUCGAAAACCAGUAAUUGAAGAAAUUAAGAAUGAACAAACAGAAAAAAUUGAAAUUGAUACAAAAUCUAUUGAGACUGCUCCACCAGAAAGAAAGAUAAUUAAAUUAUCAGAACUUGGUAUCAAAGAGAGAUUAGAAAUGAGAGCUAAGAAAUUUGGAUUACCAUUAUCAGAAGCUGCUAAAAAAGAAGCUAGAUCUGCAAGAUUCAGUAUUAAUAAUCAAAAUAGUAAAUCAGCUGCAUCUGUAAAAACACCUGUGCAUACAACUUAUGAAGUUUUAAAAAAACGAGCAGAAAGAUUUGGUACAUCUGUUUCUAGUCUAAUGGAAAAGGCUGAAUUGGAGGCUAGAAUAGAAAAAAGAAAAGUCAGAUUUGGUGAAGUGAAGCCUGCAAAUAAGAAAGUAUUUUAUAAUAAAAUUAAAAUUGUUAAAUGAUAUUCAGUGUUAUACAUGAAACAGCAAUUUAGAUUGCAAACUUUACUUUAAGCUUUCUUAUUUGUAACAUGAUUAUUAUAUACAAAAAUAAAAAUUCAUUGUAUUUGUUAUAAAAUGCAUGACGAAAAGUUUUUUUUGAUAUUAUAAUAGUUUAUUUUUAUUUUUUAUAACAAUUAUACGUGAA